AUGAACGUGACCGAUUCCCACUGUCUUCAAGACGUGGACGUCGUCGAACAUGACGAUCUCGUUGAGGUUCUUUCCCCAUGCCAACGUGCCGUCUCUUCUGGUGAACAGUCACUUGAUGGGAGCAUUGAUGAGGAAAGAGGAGCCCUAUCAGAUUCGGACGUCAAUUGUGUUGCGAGAACUCAUAAUUUCGAAUUACAGACGUUAGCAUCACAAGUGAAGGGUCCAUCAUCUGACGCCUUGGAAGAGUCUUGUCGGAUGGAAGCUGUAGCGAGGGAGAAGGGUUCCGAAUGGGAGGAUUUGCUCGGAAGCGGUCAACUAAUGAAACGAGUUAUCAGGGAGGGACACGGUGGGGAACGACCAACUGAUGGACAGUGGGUCACAAUCAAGGUUGUGGACACUUUACGGGGAAUUGAUUCACAUGACAGACUAACGUUCAUUCUUGGAUUCAGCAUGGUGAUUGAUGCGUGGGAGUUGACGACCAAGCUUAUGUGUGUGCAAGAGGUAGCUGAGAUCCGUGUGAAAGCACGCCUAGCAUAUGGUGAAUGCGGUCUCGACGAUAUAAUCCGUCCAAAUCAAGAUCAAGAAUAUCGAGUAGGAGCUUCGGGUAUAAUCGAGGUUCCUAAGGAUAGUGAAGCGUUAUCAAAAUUAUUUUCUGCUCUCCAUUCCAAUCUUGCUGUUUGCUAUGCGAAGUUGGAGGAUUGGAAUGAAGUACUCAAAUGCACUGAAGAAUCAUUGCGUUUGCACGCUGCAAAUACGAAAGCGUUAUUCCGAAGGGCAGCAGCGCUUGUGGCUCGCAACGAUACCGAGGAAGCAAUGAGCUGUCUACUACAGGCCCGGGAGAUCGAUCCUCAUGAUACGGUCGUGCAGUGCGAGAUAGAAAGAUUGGGUGGCAUUCGGAGACGUCGUCGAGCGGAGGAGAGAGCACUGUACCGAAAGAUGCUGAUUGGUGCUGGCGACCUUAACGCCCCAAGUCGUAGCUUUGACUUUGUCACAUAUCGCCUUAUCGCAAUUGGAGCUUUUUCGUUGGUCACCUUUGCCUUGUUUGUUUUCUUCCUUUAUCAGCUGUGGAGUUUACCAAGUGAUCAGGAGCUCUGA